UAAUGCUUAGAUUGAUUUCAAAAGGUUAUUAGUUUGCAAGAUAAGCAAAAUAAACAAAGCAAAGUAAAUAAAUAUAGGAAAAUAAAGAGACCGAUGAGAAAAUGAAAAAAAUGCAACAAUUAGUAAUUAUCUAUAUAAUUAAGGAAUAAAUAUUUAGAUCCAUAAACUUCUGAUGCUUUAGAUAAAUACAUAGAUUCUUUUGGGAACAGCUCCUUUUCAAGUCUUAUAACUAAAAUUUCCUCAGAUAUAACUUCAGAGCAUAGCCAUUUUAAAUGUAUUUUAUGAUCACAAUUAAAAUAGAAAUUUGUAAGCAAGCCUAAUAAAAUAAAGAUUUAAAAUAAUUAGUAAAAGAUAAAAAUUCUGAAUUCAUGAAACAUGUGUUAGAAUUUUAAAAUAGUUUUGCUCCUUAUACAUAAACAAAUAUUGAUGAAAAAUCAUAAUCAUAUUAAUCUUCAAUUAAAU